AUGAUGACACAAACGAUGGAUUCGCCGCUCAAGAAGUCGCCGCAGAAGGGGUCGACCCCUCGCAGUCAGUACUCGGUGUCCGAGUGGUCGCCGAACGGACGCCACGCUUACCACCAAACGAACGGCAGAUCCAGUGGCGGUCGCACUCCUCCCCACUCGCGACGCAACUCGUCAUCUGAUUUGGAAACCAUUGCCGAAGACUUGAAGUUGGCGUCACUGUUGGGGUCGCCCUCCAGACAAUCAUCGGUCGGUCUCUUGACUUCGGCGUUCGGUACCAGACGCCCGGUGCCGCUUAAUAGGGCCGACAGUCCGGACCCAACAGUCGCUCCCAAGUCAGCCAUCGACUACGACAUCGAUAGACGUCUCGAGGAGGCAGAGGCUCGCGAGAGGGCAGAGAGAGCUGAGAGAGACGAGUGGGCACGAGAGAGAGCCCGAAGAGAAAGGUUGGCCCACAAUGAAAGCCAUACCUACCGAGGCUUCGGUUGGGUUGGCGGACGUCCGGUCAAUGGUAACUCAGACGACUCCGACUGGAGAGGUAAAGGCGCCCCUAUUAGAGGCAGAGAUCAGUCUGGAAGCCAUGAUUUGUCGCAAAUGAAUGGCGGCGAAGACGGUCAUCGCAAUGGGUGGAGCUAUGGGUCGGUUGUGAGCGGAUGGCCUCAAACGGGUGAUGACUAUGACUUCAAUGGCAAUCGUGUCGAUAAAGUGGGUCCAAAAGAUGAUGGGAAAGGGAAUGGAAGUGUGAGUGACGGGUAUGAUAGGCCUCCCAAACCCUGGAACUCGACUUCGGUCCUCAGAAAGACUAGCUUUGGCUUUGGUGGUCCUCCCAGUCCUCCCCAACGAUCGAACCUCGAUCCCGAUCUACAGCCCGAUCUCAUCCGACUGAUGGCCAGUGUCUUAACGCCACAAAAAUGGCAGGAACUCAUCGACUCUCUGAGGAGCCAAAUGGCACCACAGGCGCCCACCACUACCACCACCACCAACACCACCAAUCCUUUGGACCCGUCGGGAACCUGGGGCCCACCCAACUCCUCAUCGCCGUCCUUCUCGUCGUUCCCAUCGCAACCGCCGCAGUCGGACAGGAGGUCGGAACGGUUGGUGGACUUGCAGGCGUUGAUGAAGAAGGUGUCGUUCCAGGCGAAGGCGACCUACACCUGGACGGGACAACUGCCGCGCCGUCAGCGCAACAAAAUGCCCUGUUAUUCAACGAAAGUUUUUCUCGGAGGCAUUCCCUACGACCUGACCGACAGCGACCUCCACUGCCAUUUCGCGCCCUUCGGUCCCAUUCAGAUCCAGUGGCCCGGAAAGGACAUCCGGUCGGCCAUAGACGGCGCCGCAGCCAACAAAGCGGGCUAUGUUUACGUGAUCUUCGAGUCCUUCGAGAACGUGACGGCCCUUCUCAAGCACUGCACCGUCAGCUACAAAGACCUGGACAUGGGCUGCCGCUACUACUACAACAUCAGCUCCCGGCGCCAGAAGGGCAAGGAGGUCCAGAUGAUACCGUUCGACAUCGGCGACCGCUUCUACAUGAAGAACACGUUCAGCGGUCAGAUGGAGCACUCGAGGACGGUGUUCGUGGGCGCCCUCCACGGCAUGCUGUCCGCCGAGGGGUUGGCGAAAGUGAUGGACGACCUGUUCGGCGGAGUGGUGUUCGCCGGACUCGACACCGAUAAGCAUAAGUACCCGUUGGGCUCCGGGAGGGUGUCGUUCGACAACCAGGAGAGCUAUCUGAAGGCGGUGUCGGCGGCGUUCGUGGAGGUGAAGGCCACCCGUUUCCGCAAGAAGAUCCAAAUCGACCCCUACAUCGACAACGAGAGCGUGUGCUACCUGUGCAAAGUGCCGCAACAGUCGCCCAUCUUCUGCAGAGACGACUUCCUGUACUUCUGCGUCGACUGCUGGGACGCCCACCUCAUGGACCCCGAGUCCAAGAACCACAGGCCUAUCGUCAAGAACAAGCCCAACACCCCGUAG